AUGCAGCUUGCCGAAGGCUGCUGUUUUCGGGCCUAACUCAGAGCCGUGGUCUCCUCAGAAGUGCUGCUGCACGCAAUGGAGGAACCGGCGUUCGCGCCAUUACGUCGGAUUUGGCCGAGAUGGACGACGAGGAGAACGUCCCUAAGCCGGUCAUCCGUGAUGUGCGCAAGGUGAGCGACAGCACCCUGUGCGUCACAUUCUCGGACGACACCAAGUGCCACUUCAACAGCAUCUGGUGUAACAGCGACUGUCACGUGGAGGUGCUUGACCGUCUCCUCACAGCCACAGCUGUCGCUAGCAGAGCUGUCGGCCAUUCCAGUUCGACAGGAAUAUGCGUUCAUGGCUGAACCACAGGCAGUACAGAUGUGUUACUCCCGGUCGUUGUAUGCCUGGUGGAAGAUGGAGUUGCAGACAUGGAUCCAAUCUGUGGAGACGUGUGCCGCUCCGCGACAGCUGCACUUGCUCAGCGUGCGUGCAUCCUGCAACGCGACAGAAGCUGGUCAGCAGCGUCACGAUCAACCCAAACAUCCAGCCACUGUCGUGGACCGUCGAGGACGGGGAGAAGCUGGAGAUCUGCUGGCCACAACAGCCAUCGUCGCCGCCUCACUCCAGCACGUACUCCUGUGACUGGCUUUACCAAUUCGGAAAACUCUUCGAGAAUAAAGACGGCGAGCCGCUCGAGGUGUCCGAUAUGUUUUACACCAACACAAAGUCGUCAACGAUCCUAUGGAGCCGUGAAGAGUUCGAGGAAAAUCCUCCCGAGUUGGACUACAAGACGUUCAUGGAGGAGCGCUCGGGCCUCAAGCAGAUGGUCAAGAACAUCGUCAAGUACGGCAUCUCCGUACUGCACGACGUUCCUCCUCACGAAGACGAGCUGGAGAAGGUUGCCUCCCGUAUGGGCUACAUACGGGAAACUGGCAUGGGACGUGUGUUCGACGCCACCUGUCAGCCCGAUGUGCACAGGGGUUCACGUUUUCAUCAGCACACCGAGCUUCCCGACAGGGAGAGCGCCCCGGGCGUCAAGCUGCUGUUGUGCCUUUCAUCGGAUGUUCCGAAGCAGACACUCAGUGGGACACCCAACAAAGGAAAAACCUUCUUCGUGGACGGCUUCUACAUAGCCCAGUGGAUGAAGUACAACCACCCAGAGUAUUUCAGGUUACUUGUGUCUACGCCAGUCACGUUUUCCUACUACGACUCGAGGCGAGGUGUGUGGCUGCGAGAUACGUUUCCCAUUAUCAGGACAAAUAAUUAUGGGAAGAUAAAGAAGAUUCACUACAGCACGUUCUCUAUGCGGCCGCCGCUGCUGUCGUCUAGCGAAGCUACGAAGUUCUACGAGGCAUACAGCACAUUCACCAAGCGCAUGGAGGAAGAAUCGUCUCAGUACGCUUUCCACUUGGCGCCUGGAGACCUGGUGGCCUUUAACAACCGACGUAUACUACACGGCAUGAAGGAGAUGGGUCCGGACCACAAGGACGUGAUACUGAGAGGUUGCUACAUGGACAUGGAUGAAAUUGCCUCCCUGUACGAGAAAAUGCGGAGGGACGAUGACCCUUGAGCUUUCAAUAAGAUCACGGUACCAUGAUGUUGUGAUCUGCUCAUCAAGGCUGCCUGUCCGUGAAUCGCACGAAAAUACUUCUUUCCUUUUGUACAUAGCACUCUACGGAUAUAUCAGCGCGCAUACGCGCUACGCGCCAUUCGUUAAUAAACUUGUGGUGUAUUGCG